AUGGCCACGUCGGCGAACUUCUCGUCGUCCGUGUCGAGCCACACAUCACAGGCCUCACACUCUGCCACGACUCCCCUCGGCACCCCCUCGGGAGCUCCGCGCACCAAAUCAUGGCAUGUCCCCGGCCCCUCGACGCGUUACCACAAGAGCGAGCAUGCCAGACCGAAACCCACGCCUCGCUCCAGCACCACAGGCCAACACGUGCGCAAUCACUCUUCACUCUCGACCCGCUCCUCACACACCGAAGCCUCCAACAUCGCUUCACCCCUGGCGCGUCUCAGUUUCGCACGCGAUUCGCACAAGGACUAUGCCUACAACCCCAACGACACCAUCAAGCCGCGCAACAACCCUGCCACCCCUCUACGCUCCCCCCACCUCGCCAGCAACAACUUCAACAACCUGCGCUUCCAGGGCUCGCCCUUCUCCGAUUACUUCACUGACGACGCCAAAUCUGUCGACCACAAUGCCCCCUAUCAUCCCUCAGAUCCCGCUCAGAAGCUGUUGCUGCGCUUGAACAACCUUGGUGGUGAUAUCCUACGCCUUGGUCUGCAGGACGACUCGCUUUCGGAUUUCAACAAAAAACUGUGUACCCUGGAAGCAAUGGUUAACGACGGUGGCUUCAGCGAUGCCGGCUCUUCAAUCGAAGAAAGAGAUCGUCGUGACUCUUUCCCAGGACGCCUCUACACUGAGGACCACUCACAAGGCCACGACACUCGCGAUCGUAUUCUGUCUCCUGAGCAUUCCAACAAAUCUCGUCUGUCCGAUGUCUGGAUGGCCGACGCUUGCGAGUAUGCCGAUACCUUCACUCAGACCGUCGAUGAGUCUCAGCAUGGCCUUGCAGUUUCUUAUGCCACAUCAGCCACACAGACCGAAGAAGAAGCGUCAAAGGACAUGGCCGAGUCUUCUGUGUGGAUCAACAACUACGCCCAUAUCUCCACUCAGACCACUGAUGACCGUCUUGUUGCUGAUUUACAAGAGGUAGUCGAGCGUCUGGCCAAGGCAAACGAAUCUCUCCGCCAGCGUUACGACCAGAGCAAGGAUGUUUGCGAUACUCAAUCCGUACAAAUCGAGGAACUGACUACUCAACUGAUGACUGUCAAGUCCGAGAACGACAGCCUCAAGCAGGACUUGGGCUUUGAUCACUCGGAACUUUUGUUCUUAAAGUUGCAGCUGCAGGCUCUCGAGGUCCAGAAGGAAAAUUACGAUCACAACAACCAUGUCUUGCUUGCAGAGGACUUUGCUCAGUGGAAGGCUGAUUGGGAUAGCGUCGAUGCUCGUCUGCGCUCAAGAAGACAGAAGAACCGUGUCACGUCUGCUGACAUUAAGGAUCUGCCCGAUUUGGACAAUGAGACAAACAUCAAGCCCGAAGAUCAAGGCAACUGGCAGCUCGAGACUCGCAAGCACCACCAUGGCAGAGUCCACUCUAUCACCCUUAAGCGCGUUGAUGAGCCCGAAACUCAAACCGAGGAAGGUGCUCUGAUCGACUCGCACUUUGAUAUCCCUGCUUCGCCUACCGUCAAAACCGUAUACUCCGAGCAGUCUACCCAGACAGAGGAAGUGCCUCCCGAGGACCACAUCACUCAAACCGAAGUGUCGACUCUCGUGACCCAAGGAACUCAGACUGAGGAAGAGCCAUCCCUCUCCACAUCUGAGAUCAGGUCUCAACAAACAGAGCCGAUAGAAGCAGUUGAAACUGAAGACGAGGCUAAACACGAGGUUGAGAGGGAGGCUGAGCAAGACGCAAUCCUUCAACCUCAAUCUCUCUCAACCCAAACACCUUGUUGCGUAAAGGAGCACUUGUGCACAGCCUGCGGCGAGAAAUUCGACUACUCCUCUGAAGACGACGAGGUAGAUCACAAAACCCCCUGGCAAGAGCUUUGCGAUGGCCUUGUCGCAUUCGCCGGCAUGCAACGCGAGUGA